AUGAGCUGGAUCGAAUCCACCUUAUUUAGCAACCAAAUGCCAAUAACUCCACUUGAUACAUUGCUUAACCGGACUCAGGCCGGUCUGCGGCAACUCAAAGCCAAGUCGGAUUAUGUACGGACACCCAUUCCUCUGAACGCGAUUGAAGGCAUGGUGACUAUGUUGCGUGAACCAGAAGCAGACGAGACGAUAUACUACAUGGUGCCGUAUGGUGGAAGAAUGGAUGAAAUAUCAGAAUCGGAAACUCCAUUUCCUCACAGAGCAGGUGCACUCUACAAACUUGCCGGCUUGACUUACUGGCAAAACUCUGAGGCUGCGGACGCGGACAGAUACAUAAGCUGGAGCCACAGGUAUUAUCAAUACAUGACUCCUUAUGUGUCGAGCUCGCCCAGGGAAGCGUACUACAACUACAGAGAUCUCGAUAAUGGAGUGAAUAAACCUAAUGGGAAGACAAGUUACGCACGCACAAGCAUUUGGGGGAAGCCAUAUUACAAGGAUAAUUUUGAUCGUCUUGUUCGGGUGAAAACAGUUGUUGAUCCGACCAAUUUGUUCAAGAACGAACAGAGCAUUCCGCCGUUGCAAGCCAAGUGGACUAAGAAAGGGAAUUGA